AAGGAGCGUCAAUCCUGUUUGGAUUUCUGAAAAUGUGGCGAGAAACAGCAAGAAAUCGCCGGAAAAAGUUUUUCGGACUCUCGAAAUGUACACAGCCAUUGCCAAUCACUGGCCGGAGAUCGAGUCCAUCUUCUCCUUCGAAUCAACCUCAGACAUUCGAUCUCUAGCACUAACAUCACUCGUCAAGCUCAGCGAAUCUGUUAGGACAUCGUUAAUCGAGUUCGAAUCUGCGAUUCAGAAGAAUUCUUCAAAAUCACUGGUCGCCGGAGCUGGAAUUCAUGCUUUAACGACUGAUGUGAUGCACUACCUCUCUCUCCUCGGCGAUUACAGCAAUAUACUGGCGGAUAUUCUAGCAGAUUUACCACUGCCUGGGAAAUCUUCUUUGCCAGAGUCGUACUUUGACACGUACGAUUCCGAAGACUUUCCGUUACCGGCAAUUUCUCUCCGAUUCGUGUGGCUAAUACUCAUCUUACUCUGCAAACUCGACGGCAAGGCAAAGCACUACAAAGACGAUUCGCUCUCAUACCUCUUCUUAGCCAACAACUUAAACUACGUCGUUUCUAAAGUUCGUAUAUCGAAUAUGAAGUAUUUACUCGGCGACGAUUGGUUAACCAAGCACGAAACAAAAGUCAAACAGUUUGCACUGAACUACGAAACGGAUAGCAUGGAGCCGUGUCGUAGGUUCCCUCCCGGAGGAUCCGACAGCAGUAACGUCGCCGGAGGAAGUGAAGGA